AUGAAUGUUGUGGAGCUUCUCGAGAAAAAACACUUUAAGGCCAUAGAGAGGAACAUUGAAAGGAGAAAGCUGAAAAAGUACUUCUUCGCCUUUUUACGGUUUAACAAUUUAUAUAAGGGGAAGAACAAAGCUGUGGGAAAGCUCUGGAGGGACAUUUCAGCUGGGGGGGAAUACCUCGACAUUUUUAAAUCUUUCUCCUUUGUGAAUUUUAAAUAUGUAUGCGAGUUUGUGAAGCGAUUGGGGGGGGAAGUGAGUUCUCCCGAAUGGAUGGAUGGACAAGAUGGGCUACACUCAUUGGAAUGGCCAUACUUGCCGCCUACUAAUGUGGGAGAUGACAUUGAGAGGGAUCCCCAAGGGAUUGCAAACCUUUUCCUCGUACAGUUGUUCCGUGUGGUGAGGCUUCAUGGAAGUGUAAAAAAAAGGUGGGAGAGUGGCAACACCAAAGGGGAAGGUCCACUUGAAGGAGCAUCCACAGAUGAGGGAAAACCAUGUAUGGAUAUACCCUACCUAAGCGACAUAAUAUUUAUUAACCAAAAAAGGGAGUUUGAAAUUCUGUUCAAUUUAAUGCACCCCCUUGUGCAUAACAUAUACACAACCAAUCUGAUCGCAGACAUGAUGAUGAAGUCCCCACCCAUAGACAUGGAUAAGUGCUACAUACAGUUGCUCAUUUCUGUGUUACUCCAUAUUUACAAAAAAAAAAAACACGUACUUUUUUUUUAUUUUAUGAUAUACAAAAAAUGGAAGAGAGUGAGAAAAAACAUUUCUAAUAGUGUAGAAAUUAUUAUCGAAUGGGAAUCCAUAAAAUAUUUUAUGAGAAAAAAUAAAAAAGAUAUCUACCAUUUUAAGUGUUUGCGAUACUUCCUUCUUAACCUGUGUGAUCGUUCUGCUAUUCAUCAAAUGUUAAACUACGUUUUCUCCUGCUUACGUGACGAUUUUUUAUUGAAUCAUCCAAAUAUUUGGGAAAUGGAUUUUUGGACAUACAGGAAGGAAAGCAACUUUUACGAAUUUGCCUUCUUCCUUUACCUUUCCAUUGAAGAUUUGUGUGACCCAGAGUUGGUGUUUUUUCUCCCUUCUGUAGAAAAAAUAAAAAAAUUACUCCAAUGUGAUCAGCCAACAUGUGUGAUGGAUAUUUAUUUGUUACUCCACUUCAUCGACAAAUGUGAUUGCGACCUUUCCCUCAAAUUGAGACUCAUUUUGGUGUCCCUUAUUCGAUGUGCAAAUUCGCCUGACUUGUUCAGGCAAAACGGGGGCAACUUCUUCCAUGCUGUUGUGAAUCCUGCAAGGGCACAGUUACUGGGUGGUCCUCUAUCGGAAAAGGUGCAACUACCAGGUAGUUCACAACCCGAUGAUUCGCCACCCCUUGGAAGUGCCACCCUGGACCACCGCCGCAUCGCUCAGUCCGUGUCCACCUACCUGUCAGACAAGGACGAGUUAAUCAUGCACACCACGAAGAAGGAGUUUUUCUAUAACGCCGCGUGUAUAAUAAAGUAUGUCCACAUAACCUGCUACAACAUCGUUAAUAACAGGAAGGAGUACACAGUGAAGUAUGAACAUCUGGAGAGUGAGCGAGAAGCCACCACUGCGCACCCUUAUGAGUAUAACCUUCACAGCGAUGUUACCAAUUACAAGAGUUAUUUGUCGUCCAGUGUCAGUGGACACUUUUGUAGGAAGUAUGCAACCCUUGUAUCAAUCCUUCUCCACAUGAACCUCCUCCGCUUGAGUGAUAUUUGGAGCUUCACACUGAUCAAGUUGGUGGAGAACAAUUUAUUUUUCCAGCUAAUGAAUCUGUUGAGAUUGCGGAGGAAGAGUGCACUUUUGUGCCUCACCAUUUCUAGUCUUCUGAAGGUGCGUUACGAGGCUGUGCAGGAAUACGCCCGUGCAACAAGCGUUGGUGGAAGCAGUAACGGUAUUUUGGGUGGUGGUUUGACAGGAGGCUUGACAGGAGGCUUGACAGGAGGCUUGACAGAAGAUUUGCCUGACGAUUUGGUGAGCUACCCGUAUACAGCCUUAUAUGAAGACUUGCGUGGACCCGCGCUGGCGAAGAGGCGCGCGCUUAGGAAAGAAGUUCUUGAGUACGCGUCUAAAGAGAACAAACUGAUGGAUAUCCUGAGCUACCUCUCCAUGAAUAUAAAAAAGGAUAUCCUAAAGUUACCUCUUAUUAUUCUAAAGUACCUUUAUAAAAAUGUACUUAAGUAUUUAUCCAAACCUAUACACGACAUGAAGAAGAGCAUAAGACACUACUUCGAUAGAAUGUCCUUGAGAAUAGGUGCCUACCUUUUUGAGCUAAUAUAUAUAAUGUCCAUUUGGAUUUACUACCAAGGGGAAGUGCACUCCAUAAUUCAGUACAGAAAAAAGUUCCACCUUUUCCCCCUGUAUUUCAUUUUGGUGGACAUUUAUGUAAAGUUUGCCGAGAAGUACAGCGAGAAGAACAACGCCAUUCUGCCAUCUCUCUUAAGUUACUCUUUUGUGCAGGGUUUCCUUUUCCUUUUUAACUACCCCAGGGCGAUUUCCAUCAUGGGGAGAGGCCUCUCGAGGAGUAACACUGUUAAGGUUGCUAUUAAUCCAUUCCUUGGCGAUGCUGAUCAGAGUGGUAUCCGUGGGGAGAAGAAGAGCCAACUGUUGAGGCGAGCAUGCCUCGACUAUCCUUUGACCUGUAGUAUUUAUCCAUCCUCCGACAGUGGUUAUCCUUCUCCCUGCAGUAGUAUCCAAAGGGGAAUACCUCCCCCGAGUUGUAGACUCACACAAAUGGAAAAUGUGAACCUGUCAGAAGCAGAACAGAAAGGAAAGAGAAAAGAUAUGGAUCUCGUCUCAAGAAAGAGUAGCUCUAGUGAAGAAUAUUCAGAAUAUAUCAUCUCUAUUAUUGAAAAGUUUAUUGAAGAAAAUAGAAACGAAGUAUUGUGUUAUUUUUAUACUCUCCUUAUGUUUACAGUUGCUCGUGUCCAUACAUCUGUCUGCUACAGAUAUAGGGAGAUUAAUUACCUGGUCAUUUUACAUGUCCUUCCAUGGAAGAGUUCCUUGAACUUCUGUAGAAUGGAUUCUAAAUUGAGUUGCUUCUUUUUUCAAAAGUAUUAUGAAUGCGUUCAUGCGUUGCUACCAGAAAUUGUACUCACUCACUUUUCUCCAGGGGUGGAGGACACUCACAUGGAUACCAAACAUGAUGAAGACGGUUACAUUACUCGUGACCUUGUGGACACAUGCGAAAUUGACACAUCUGGGAGUUAUCCCCAUCUAGGUACUUCGAAUGGAUUAUACGCUCAAAUUGUGAGGGCCAGAGAAGCAAUUGGUAGACUCUUCCUUGGCCGUACGGAGAAGAACUCAACAGGUUAUGCCCCCGAUGGAGUAAUCAUCAUGGGGUUGGAAAGCUCACUUCUGCGUAACUGCCUUCUGGUGAUUACCUUCAUCGAAGUUAUAUUCAUGAAUGGAGGCGAUGAUAUGGUAAGUCAUUCAACUGAAGGCAGUGCCCCUUUGGGGGAAUCGAUUCGGAGUGAUCCUCAUUCCAUUGUAGACCGCUUUGGGCGCAUGCGUAACUUUUCCCAUUUGAUGAAGUACCUGAUAGAUGAACAACUGUGCGCGCACUACAUCUCCGUCUUCCAGAACCCAGUAAAUUUCUUCCUGAGAAUUUCAUCCAAGUAUACCGAUUUGUUGAUCAGACACAACUGUCUGAAUAGCCUAAUGUGUUUUAUUUUUACAAAACUUCAGAAUUACUUGUCGCUCAUACCACCCCGACUGUGUGCGGAGGAUUUUCUUCCGCUGAAUGUGGACGACAUCACGGCUCUGCAGGAAACGGCUGUGGCGCAGUGCAUGCUGAACCUGCGGGGGGGGGAGGGAGACUCAACAUACGAAGGGGGAAUGAGUGCCCAGGCAACCGGACUAGCCAAACCGAUGGGGGCAGCCGAACCCACCGAUCUGACCGAAGCGAUUGGGCCAACCGAACCGACCGAACCGACCGAACCAACCAAAUCGACCGAGCCAACCGGGCCGAUCCUCGGAGACCUGAAUUUUUUUCUAAAAAAAAUGGAUGCACUGGUUAAGACACUGAGCGAAAGCAGCCUGCAGAGCCUAUGUGAGUCGGGGUUCGACAUACAGAGCGCCUUCUACCUGUCCUUCUACCUUCGCCCGCCUACAUUCCACACGGUGUUCCACUACCUAGCAAACAAUAUGAUGGCUAUCACGAGCGAUAGCUUUAACCUGGAAGACAACAUCACCUACUACAAACAAAUUCAUAUAAAAAAAAAAGAAACUGUUUUGAAUCCAUACAAUGUACUGAACAAGACGACCUUCUACACACAGCUCGUUGUAUUCUACUUGAUUGUAAAUGCUAAUAAUGAAAGAAUAGAAGUGGAACCAUAUAAGAAGAGCUUGUGUGGAUACUUUAAGGGUUGCCUCCAGGUAUGCUUCAGACCUUACGUGGAUGAGUUUGUUGCCUCCAUCAUCCCUAUCAUGCUACACUUUUACUACUUUUUUCCAUCCUUCAUUCCUGAGUUGUUGGGUGCUCUAAUCCAGAUUGACAUGAAGAAAGAAAACGAGCUACUUUGUAGGGAGUUGUCUCGGUUCGAGAAGCGCGUUCGCCGUGUCCUAGAGGUGUCUUACGUGCACAAUCCGGAGGGGGCACAGCCAACUGGUGUUUCUCACGCAUCUGGCGUGUGA